AUGUCUGCGAAUCCAGCAAAGAUACCACCCGGACUGCAACAUGAUGGCCUGGAAGCGCUUUCUUUGCUGUGCCAGUCGGGCUCCAUGGAUUGGUUACCAGUUGCUAAGGCGAAGCUGUACACGAACGCAUUCGUGAGGCAAGACGGUAAGCUGCUCCUUGGCUACAAGAAGAGAGGUUUUGGAAAGGGAUUGUACAAUGGCUUCGGAGGCAAGGUUGACAAGGGUGAAACGCCCGCCGAGGCAGCAGCGCGGGAGCUCGAGGGACGUCUCUCGGGAAUAACAGCUCAGCUAGAACACAGGGCCACGUUGCUGUUCAUGAGCCCCGAGAUCACCGAGGCUGCUCAUAUCGAAGUCUACUACGCUGAGAAGUUCGAAGGCACGGUUACUGAGUCAGAAGAGAUGCGACCGGAAUGGUUCGCCAUCCCGGACACGGAAGCCCGACAUAAAGACGUCAUCCAGAACCCCAAACAAGUAGACGAUGCGUCUGGGCUGCGCUUCAUCCCGUACGACGAGAUGUGGGAGGAUGACGCGCUGUGGUUGCCCGCGUUUCUAUCAGGUCAUCGCUUCAUCGGUCGCGCAGAUUUUGGGAUAGACGGUCAUCUGCAGAAGUCGUGGUUCGCGCUGGCGUCGUGA